AUGUCACCGACUGCCAUGGGCGACUUGCCUCAGUGGUGUGGGAAGACAGAAGGAUGCCCUCAGGCCUUGCUUGGCUGGCUUUAUCUGACUCAUGAGCAGAACGAUCAGUGGGUUCCUGGAUCAGUAUGGGGUCCUCUCCCAACAGCAGCCACGGGGACGACCCAACCGCCCACAGACGACAGCAACUCACUAGCGGAACAGUUAGCCGCACUGUCACUGCGCCGCCCGCCCAGGCCGCCGCCCCCGGCCUACAUGUGCCAUCUGUGCUUCAAGAAAGGACACUACAUUGGGGACUGUCCACAGGCCCGUCCCAAAGGCGAAGGUCUGACGCCAUACCAGGGCAAAAAGCGGUGCUUCGGCGAGUACAAGUGCCCGAAAUGCAAGCGGAAGUGGAUGAGCGGAAACUCGUGGGCAAAUAACGGCCAAGAGUGCAUCAAGUGUCGUAUCAAUGUUUUUCCUCAUAAGCAGAGGCCCCUCGAAAAGCCGGACGGUCUUGAUGUCAGCGACCAGUCGAAGAUCCACCCCCAGCAUCUCUGCCAGAAGUGUCGUUCACUCGGAUACUAUUGUCGACGGGAAUAUUAG